UCAUAGUAGAAACCCAAACACUGUAAAUAUAGCCAUGAGCUGUUGGGAAUUUCACGAGAAUUUACAAAAUAUACCUGGAUUUAGCUCGUAGCACGGAUUGGCCACGUAAUCAUUUGACGAAUUCUAUAACGUAUUACGCAUUUUCGAAUUUGUUCCCUGUUUUGAUAAAUUAGUCAUUUAACUUUAUUGCUAAGAUGCAUACUGUGUCAGUUAUUGUGAUGGUUUUUGUUCACGUGUGGCAUGUGGAUGGCUGUACGGUCGAUGCGGCAUACAACUGCACCACUUACAAACAGAAAGAGGAAGUAACUGUUGGGUGGUGCUGGGACAUCACAAAGUUGUUCAGAUGCAAGGAAUCAAACUGGGUACCGGUGUAUGAGUUGGGCCUCUGCCUUCGAAAAGAGUGCUGCCCGGGGUACCAAGGCCCAAGCUGUGAACCCGUGUGCUACAAUUGGCAUCGGAAUGGCUGCCAAAACGGAGGCAAACCAGGGUUCAACGGAUAUAAAUGUGAUGACAUCAACGAGUGCCAUAGGUUAAACGGCGGCUGUUCUCACGAGUGUACCAACACCCCGGGAUCAUACCGCUGUUCCUGCCCGGAGGGUUUCAACAUGGCAACCAACAGGCACACUUGCAUCGAAAUACGCAAAACAACGCUUUCACCUCCACCCGGUGCUUGCGCAUUAAAUAACGGAAACUGCUCCAAUGCAUGCGUAGAGACCAAUGAUGGUUCAUGGCAUUGUUAUUGUCCUAAAGGAUAUGAGAUCUCGGAGAAUGGGACCACGUGUAUAGUAAAAGAACUACUGCCAGCAGUGCUUGUUUCCACCAAGGCUAUACCCACAACCCCGCCUCCGAUCCGCUGCGUGAACGGAGCGAUUUGCGUUGGUUAUGAUUACAAUUAUGAUGAGGAUUACAACUACUGCAAGUGUAACCCUGGGUUCAGAGGAGAAGCAUGUGAUCUGGUUCAAGGACUGCCAUGUGUAGUAAAUGGCAAGACAUACCAGGAUGGGGAAAGAUACUUUUGCGAUUGCAACAGCUGUGGAUGUGAGAAUGGUCUAAUAACUAGCACUGGUGUUGUAUGUGAAGGAGCCAAGAGGCAGACGGCGAGCAGCGAAAAAUGGGAGCCAGAGCUAAACGCGGCUCUGAUUGGAACGGUUGUCGGCGGCCAUCUCUUUCUAGUGGGAGUCUUUUUGCUGCUUUGGUUUAACAUGGAACGCCGGUUCAGUAAGACCUCUCAGGAACAACAACCGAAGAAAAAGCUACAUUAUGGCUUCGAAAACCAUAUCUACACCGUUGCUGUGGAACAGAAACGCAAGAAACAGUACGACAACAAGCUCUACGGUCACCUUACGUCGGACCGAAAAUUCAUGAAAACAGCCUCUAUCCAUGUUCCGAAUCACGUAAAAUCACGUGACCAUGUGACCGGACCCCCGCCUUACACGCCAUCGGUUACCGACAGCAUGAAGGAGUGGGGCUCAAUGAAGAACGUGGAGUACCCGUCCCACCCCGCCAUCCCGCCUACCAGUCGUUGCCUGUCGGACAUGGUGGGGAAAUGAGCGAGCAGAUGUCGGUGGUUUCCACGAAAAGCAACCGCACGUAUGCUUCAGAAUAAAAUUAUUUUUUUAUUUAACAAGAUAUGCGAGUUAAAUCCAAUUCAAAAUCGCAUGCUUAGUUUGUUUUUUUACAUUUGAGAAAUAUAUAACAUUUGUGUGAGGCAGAUACUUUAGCAACAUAAAUUUCAACACUAAAUUUGUGCAUUGCCCUACCGUUGCAAAACAAAUUUCAAUACAUACAUACAUAAUUUUUACAAGUAGUUGUAUUUGUACAGUAAAUAUAACUAAACAUACGUUUUAUUGUUAAAAUUGUUGCAAUAUAUUUGGUAUUAUUUUCCAUAGAUUUGCUUUCUGCUUCUCGCACAUUGAUUUUAUUUGCUUCUGUUCUGAUAAAUAAUUUAAAAUUUGGACCAGUGAACAUAAACAGCACGUGAAAUUAGUACAUUUAAAAAAAUAAAGAAUUUUUAACUGAUUAGUAGAUUUAAUAAACAUUUGUAAUUAAGUUGUGAAUAAUAAUAGCAUUGACUCUAUCUUAGGUAUUUGUAUACUGGUUUUUGUUCACAAUGUCUUUCCGCUAGUUUUUGUUAUAAACAUAUACAUUUUUAUACCCCUGAAGGAGGGCAUAUAGUAAUCGGACUGUCCGUCUGUCCGUCUGUCUGUCUUUCCGUCACACUUUGCGUUUAAGUUUCGAAAAAUGCUCAUGCUCAACUUCUAUGUCGCUUCAGAUAGCAACUUGAUAUUUGGCAUGCAUGUGUAUCUCAUGAAGCUGCACAUUUUGAGUGAUAAAAGGUCAAGGUCAAGGUCAUACUGUAAGGUCAAAUGUCAAAAAAACCAAUCCAAGGGAAGUAAUAAGCUUUAAAUGGAGAUACUUAUCUGUACCUGCCAAAUGAGUAAAGAAAUAUAAAUAAAUUAAAGCGGCGCAGUAGGAGGCAUUGUGUUUCUGACAAACACAUCUCUUGUUAUUCAUGCUCUAAUAUAUAAAACAGAUGCUCUUGUGUUUUGUUUUCUUAGUUUGGGUACUGUUGGUUGUAAUAAAAUAAAUUAUUCAAGAAAUUAAGUGUUAAUUUUUCGUAAGAAAUGUGUAACGUCUUUUAUUACAUGGUUUAUUAUUUUAUGUGAACCAAUAUGGUUUAUUUUAAUCUAUUUAUUAACUAAGAAAAUGUCAGUUCCCUAUUCUGUUUGAAUAAGGAAUAAUGAACUUUUUCCUUUUUUCUUAUUCAGCCGCGUUAUCAUUAACAAAACACAACUACGUAGAAAGUGCCACAAUAUAUAUAAUUUUACUAUCCUACCUACAUAUGCAAUAAUUUUAUCGAUAUUUGUACACUUUAGUUCAUUUUGAUUAUUUUGUUAAGUAAGAAAAUGCCAGUUCCCCUUAUUCGGUUUGAAUAAAGAAAAAGGAACUGAUUCCUCUUUGGUAUUUAUCCGCAAAAAGGAGCUGGGUUAUUAUGAAAUAAAACUAUAGAACGGUAUUGCAAUAAAUUUGUUUAAUAUUAAACUCAAUAUGCAAUGAUUUGCGUUGAUAUGUAGUACACUUUGGUUCAUUUUAAUUUAUGUUUUAAGUAAGAAAAUACCAGUUCCUUGUCCUGCUUAAUGUCUUUGUCUUUAUUCAAUCAAGAGAAUAGAACAGGGUAAUUAUUAAAUAAAACUAAGUAGAAAUGUAUUGCACUAAAUAUUUUAAUAUCCAGCCAACACAUACAAGGAUUUGCAUUUAUAUGUAUUUCACUUUUGUUCAUUUUAGUAGCUCGGCUGUUUUCGGAGAAAACCCGAGGUAUUGUCAUAGCCUGCUGGUCGUGUCCGUGUCCGUCGUCGUCCGCAAAAACCUUAACAUUUUGUAAAGGUUUUGAAAACUGCUUCUAAAAUAAAAGUGCUUCCACCGACAACAUUGAAACUUCAUAUGAAGCUGCACCUUGAUGAGUUCGACACACCACACCCAUUUUUAGCGAGGCUGUUUUCGGAGAAAACCCGAGCUAUUGUCAUAGCCAGCUCGUCUGCCGCCGUCCGCCGUCCGACGUCCGCCGUCGCCGUAGGCGUCGUGCUAAAACCUUAACAUUGGCCAUAACUUUUUUAAAUAUUGAAGAUAGCACCUUGAUAUUUGGCAUGCAUGUGUAUCUCAUGGAGCUGCACAUUUGAGUAGUAAAAGUUCAAGGUGAACAUCAUCCUUCAAGGGUUAGGGUCGAAAAAACAAAGUCAACAGAAGUAAUAAGCUUUAAAUGGACAUAGUUAUCUGACCUGCCCACGUUUAUAUUUUUGUUAAAUAAAUAAAAGCGGCGCAGUAGCCGGCAUUGCGUUUCUGACAAACACAUUGUGGUAAAAGGUCAAGGUCAUCCUUUACGGUCUACGGUAAAAAAUACAAAUUUAAGGGAAGUAAUAAGCUUUAAAAAGGGAGAAAAUUAUUAAAUAUUGAACAUAGCCACAUUAUAUAUUUGGCAUGCAUGUGUAUCUCAUGGAGCUGCACAUUUCGAAUGGUCAAUCACAGUCACGGUAUUGGAUUUUAAUUAUUUGCUACUAAACAUAGAGAUUUGUUAGAGACAAUUAUUUUCAAGAGAAGUAAUUUAUAUAAAUCUCAUAUUAUAUAUUUCCUUACCAAGAAUUGAAGUUCUUUUCACAGUUACCGUAGAUAUUUAUUAUUUUGAUUAUUUAUAACUCAAAUGAUUGAUUUGUCAAAGGUUUUUUUUAAUGGUAUAAUUAUAAUUUCUUUGAUGUUCAUUACAUGAUCAACUCUGGCUAUGAUCUCUUUUAAACCACAGGCUUUGGUUGUCAGUGAUGUUUGACAUGGUCAUAAUUGACUGUGAGACCCCCCCCCCACAUCGGUUGGAUUAGACAAAAUUCAAGGGAAGUAAAAAACUAUAAAGGGAGAUGAUUUCUAUACCUGCCAAAUGAUAAAUAGCAAUUUUAUUUCAAAGCGGCGCAAUAGGGGGCAUUGUGUUUCUGACGAACACAUCUCUUGAUAUAAUUAUCAUUUCUUACCUGUUCUAAUUUGUGAAUGCUAGUUUUCAUUAAAUACCAGUGGACUUAUGUCCAUACAUACAUGAUGAACUCUGGCUAUGAUCUCUUUGAAAAACCACAGGCCUUGGUUGUCAGUGAUGUCUGACUUGGUCUUUUUUUACUGUCUACAGACCUUCCCCCCCCCCUCCCGGUUGGAUUGGACAAAAUCCAAGGGAAGUAAUAAAGCUUUAAAGGGAGAUGAUGUCUAUACCUGCCAAAUGAUAAAUAUAAAUUUUAUUUCAAAGUGGCGCAGUAGGGGGGCAUUGUGUUUCUGACAAACACAUCUCUUGUUGGGUCACUAGGUCAAAGGUCAAGGUUACUGUGACCUCUAAAAAAAUUCUGACAAGCUUUCGCAGCCGAGCGUGGCACCCGUUAUGCGGUGCUCUUGUUGGGUCACUAGGUCGAAGGUCAAUGUCACUGUGACCUCUAAAAAAAAUCUGACAAGCUUUCGCAGCCGAGCGUGGCACCCGUUAUGCGGUGCUCUUGUUUUAUUUUCAAGCAACAAUGCAAUUUUCUUCUUUGGUUUGAAUAAGAAAUAAUGAACUGGUUUUUUUCCUAACUCACCGUAAAAAAGUAACUGGGUUAUCAUUAAAUAAAACUAAGAAAAAAUGUUUUACUAUAAAUAUUCUUUAAUAUCCAACCUACAUAUUCAAUGAUUUUUAUUGAUAUGUUGUAAACCUUGUUUAAUUUUAAUUUAUUUUUUUAAGUAAGAAAAUGCCACUUCCUUAUUCGGUUUGAAUACGGAAUUAGGAACUGGUUCCUUUUUCUUUAUUCAGCCGCGAAACAGAAGUUUGGUUAUUUGUUUAUAAACCUAAGUGCAAAUGUAUUACAAUAAAUAUUUAUAAUAUU